UCCAUCGUCUGCUUGCUCUGUUGGCUCUGUUGGCGUACACCGUGCGACGUGUUUCUUCUCUAAAAAUGUUAUCAGGUCGGUCCUCGCUUUCUGCAGUUUAGAUCAAGUAAGGCGGCUAUACGGGUUGAGCGUGUCGAAAUGGCGAGGCAGCGGCGCAAAGAGCUCAAAGACGUCCCACGCAAGCCUUUGGCCGCUCAGCAUCCUCGACAGUGCCCAAACGCGAGCGACGACGGGUCAAUGGGACCCUGGGCACCCCAACUUUACACGGCGUUCAAGGCGCUGUUCUCCGCUCGACUGUGUGCGGCAGUGUGGAGCAGCAUCUCCGACUGCGAUGAGACGUUCAACUACUGGGAGCCGACGCACUUCCUGAUGUACGGCAAGGGCCUGCAGACGUGGGAGUACUCGCCGGUGUACGCGAUCCGCUCGUACGCCUACCUCUGGCUGCACGUGCUGCCGGGCCUCUUCUACAGCAGCUUGCUCCAGUCGAACCGGGUGCUGGUCUUCUACUUCAUGCGCUGCAUCCUGGGCUUCGCGUGCUCCCUCUGCGAAGUGUACUUUUACAGGGGCGUCCUGCACCGCUUCGGGCCCGUGGUGGCGCGGACCACGCUGGUCCUGCUGCUCUUCAGCACCGGCAUGUUUGUGUCGAGCACGGCGUACCUCCCGAGCACCUUUUCCAUGUACGCCACGCUCGUCGCCACGGGCGGCUGGUUCAUGGGGGACACGCGCGUCACUGUGCUCGCCACGGCCAUCGGGGCCCUGGUGGGAUGGCCCUUCUCGGCGGCACUCGGCCUGCCCGCCGCCCUGGACGUGGUACUCUUGAAGCGCAAGGCCCGCCCGUUCCUCACCUGGUGCGCCGUCUCGCUGGCCAUCGUGCUGCCGGCGCUCAUCAGCGUGGACAGCCACUACUUCGGGCGCCCCGUACUGGCACCGCUCAACAUCGUGCUGUACAACGUGUUCAGUAGCCACGGGGCCAACCUCUACGGCGUCGAGCCGUGGACCUUCUACCUGAAGAACGGCGCGCUCAACUUCAACUUCGCCUUCCCGGCCGCGCUGUUGGCGGCGCCGGCUCUGGCUCUGGCGCGCUACCUGAACAAGAAGCGCACCGCCGGCGUGCUGGACAUCUCCCCGAUGUAUCUCUGGUUCGCCAUCUUCUUUAGCCAGGCCCACAAGGAAGAGCGCUUCCUGUUCCCCGUCUACCCGCUCGUCUGCCUCUGUGCCGCCGUCACGUUGGACAGUCUCGAAGCUUUGGUCGGCGGAUCGGCGAGGCGACUCGAGCGUCUGGGCUCCAGCGCCUCCCGCUUCCUCUGGGUGGCUUUCCUGGCCACCACGACGCUGCUGUCCAUCUCGCGCACCGUGGCGCUAUAUCGCAACUUCCGGGCUCCCAUGGAGAUCUACAUGGAGCUGGCGCCGCUCGCCGGCGACGGCCGGGCGACCACGCUAUGCCUGGGAAAGGAGUGGUACCGCUUCCCUUCGUCCUUCUUCCUUCCUGAGAACUGGCAGCUGGCCUUCCUCGAGUCCGAGUUCCGAGGACAGCUGCCCAAGCCCUUCGCCCAGGGGCCGCAUGCCACGCGACUGGUGCCUCGGGACAUGAACGACCAGAACCGGGAGGAACGCUCGAGGUACGUGCAGGCCUCGCAGUGCGACUACCUCGUCGACACCGACGGCCCGGACGUGACGGAGCGGGAGCCCAACUACUCGGCCAGCCCGGACUGGGAGGUGGUGUCCUCCAUCAAGUUCCUCGACAGCAAGAGGUCGUCGCUCUACGGAAGAGUCUUCUACAUUCCCUUUGUGACUGAGAGGUGGUGCUCUUACGUCAACUACAACCUACUCAGAAGGAUCAAAGCGGACCGAGGCUAGGCGCAGUGACUUGGUUCGCUCGAGUGGCAGACGCCCAUUCCGAAUUUGUAGCUCGCAGACUGCUCGCGGGAAAUGGCAGAUACGAAGCGGGGUUUGUUGGCUCGCGCAGGCGGUUCAGCUUUAGCUCCUCACCGCGAGCUGCGUUUGAAGGGAAGGUAGAAGCCAAGACGCAUUCCUUCUUGGGAACUUGGUAGAUCUCAGAAACUUGCCGUUUCCUGGUG